AUGGGAAAAAACGCCAACUCGGGAAAAAACGCCAACUCGGGAAAAAACGCCAACUCGGGAAAAAACGCCAACUCGGGAAAAAACGCCAACUCGGGAAAAAACGCCAACUCGGGAAAAAACGCCAACUCGGGAAAAAACGCCAACUCGGGAAUAAACGCCAACUCGGGAAUAAACGCCAACUCGGGAAUAAACGCCAACUCGGGAAUAAACGCCAACUCGGGAAUAAACGCCAACUCGGGAAUAAACGCCAACUCGGGAAUAAACGCCAACUCGGGAAUAAACGCCAACUCGGGAAUAAACGCCAACUCGGGAAUAAACGCCAACUCGGGAAUAAACGCCAACUCGGGAAUAAACGCCAACUCGGGAAUAAACGCCAACUCGGGAAUAAACGCCAACUCGGGAAUAAACGCCAACUCGGGAAUAAACGCCAACUCGGGAAUAAACGCCAACUCGGGAAUAAACGCCAACUCGGGAAUAAACGCCAACUCGGGAAUAAACGCCAACUCGGGAAUAAACGCCAACUCGGGAAUAAACGCCAACUCGGGAAUAAACGCCAACUCGGGAAUAAACGCCAACUCGGGAAUAAACGCCAACUCGGGAAUAAACGCCAACUCGGGAAUAAACGCCAACUCGGGAAUAAACGCCAACUCGGGAAUAAACGCCAACUCGGGAAUAAACGCCAACUCGGGAAUAAACGCCAACUCGGGAAUAAACGCCAACUCGGGAAUAAACGCCAACUCGGGAAUAAACGCCAACUCGGGAAUAAACGCCAACUCGGGAAAAAACGCCAACUCGGGAAAAAACGCCAACUCGGGAAAAAACGCCAACUCGGGAAAAAACGCCAACUCGGGAAAAAACGCCAACUCGGGAAAAAACGCCAACUCGGGAAAAAACGCCAACUCGGGAAAAAACGCCAACUCGGGAAAAAACGCCAACUCGGGAAAAAACGCCAACUCGGGAAAAAACGCCAACUCGGGAAAAAACGCCAACUCGGGAAAAAACGCCAACUCGGGAAAAAACGCCAACUCGGGAAAAAACGCCAACUCGGGAAAAAACGCCAACUCGGGAAAAAACGCCAACUCGGGAAAAAACGCCAACUCGGGAAAAAACGCCAACUCGGGAAAAAACGCCAACUCGGGAAAAACGCAUAUAUAG